AUGGCGAUCCCUAAGAAGGGGAUAAUCGCUAUUGCCGUGAUCGUGGUGCUGGCCGUCAUCGGUGUGAUCGUUGGUAUCGUGGUGAGCAAGGGCUCAUCCAGUUCGUCCAGUACGGGCGACGGCAACUCCAGCUCGACCUCUGGGUCCAGUAGUACUGCCAGCAGUUCCGACGGCACAUCCACCAAAUCGUCGUCUUCGACGAAGAAAUCGAGCUCAAACUCCAGUGCGUCCACCAUCACUUCAGACCCUACAAGUGCCACCUACUCGUUAGCUGCGUUUGCUAUCGGUGACUGGGGAACCACCACCACAAAGAGCUCAUGCUGCAAGCGCUCGUCCACUUACAACGACUACGAUGUCAACGCUGAGGACAUCGUGGCUAGUGUUAUGAACCAGCAGGCCUCGACUGCUGAAGUCGCCCCUAAGUGUGUCAUCGGCCACGGUGACAACUUCUACUGGAACGGAAUCGACAGUGAGGACGGACGUGACUCGCGCUUCACGACCACCUUUGAGAGUAAAUUUGACGGUGACAACAUCAAGACUUUACCGUGGGUGAACGUCCUUGGCAACCACGACUACGGUGGUGCCGACUACAUUUGCUCGGACGGUGACAGUGCCGGAAAAUGUUCGUCUUCUGACGAGCUACUCACCUCUCUGAAGAAUAAAUUCUCAUGGCAAUCGACGUAUACGAGUCCUAAUGACGAUCGUUGGGUUCUGGAGGACCAUUUCUACGUCUACUCUAUUGAAGACGAAGCUUCGGGUGUUAGUAUUGAUAUCUUCAAUGUAGAUUCGGGCGAUGCUGACUCGCACGGAGCCACAGAGACCUGUUGUCAGUGCUAUGGCUACGCUGGUGAUGACGAUGACAAGUGUGCCAAUGUUGCGCGGGGAGACGACGCUUGCUGUGGGGGAGACGGAGAUAUGUACGACCAGUGCAUGGCUCAGUUCACGGCUUGGAGCGAUGAUUCACGGAAGCAGCUGGAGGCGAAUAUUGCUAACUCGACCGCGACUUGGAAGGUGGUGAAUAGCCACUAUUCACCUUACGCUCACUAUGCUGAGGCCGGUAUGGAUAAGUGGUUCAACAUCAUUAACGGUACAGGAGUUCACCUUUGGCUGAACGGCCACACACACGGUGAAAACCACGAUUACUCGGCAUCUCUCGGUGUGCAUUUUGUCGAUAAUGGUGCUGGUGGCGGUAUCCAGAAGGAAUCUGCCAGCGGUAUCCCGACGUAUGCUAAGGAUCUGGUAGAGAAUCUGUGGGUGUAUAAUGGUCAGGAGUACGGAUUUUUCUCGUUGACGGCGUCUAAAGAUUGGCUGAAGCUGCAGUACCACACAACCGAUGACAAGUGGUCGUAUGCGGAGAGCUUCAACUCGACUACUGUUGGCGGUGUUGCGACGAAGCAUUGUUGGUACAUUCCCAAUGACGGCGCGGAGGGCAAGGAAUGCACCUCGAGCUCGUAA